AUGCCUCGGAUUCCACAGAGUCAAUCUGCGGGAGCACUGCCUGGUGUUGGCAAAGCCACAUCCGGUUUGCAACAGAAUGGCGGUUUCGUUGUGGGUGACUCCAGCCGAAUGACCUGGGGAACCAUUGACAUUACCUCAGAUGGACCGACAGCUGCUAUGGUGAAGGGCUGGCCUCGAUGGGCGAUCCCAGGCUUUCUGGAUGAAGUGCCUCCACGUCUAGAGGGCUGCCGGCAACGAUUGCUCGCUGCUGAGAUAGAGCUAGGACGAGCAGAAAAGGCGGGCGGCCUUGACAUUGGAAACUCUGCACCACCUGAGGCGGAAUCAGAUGUCCCUGCGGUAUUGCAGGAUUUACCUCCAUUGUUUGGCCCAGAAGAUGGACCAGAUGAGUUUGAAGAUUUGCCGCAUGAGGGUGACAUGCUCUUGGAGCAGGUGUCUGAGUUGGAGUCUCAGCUAACCUCGAUGACUGGAAAGUUCAAAGACCUGGAUGCAGGCCACGUCGCAGCAAGACAUUUGCGCAACUCCUACUCUGCGCAAAUCACAUCUUCAACAGAGCAGAUAGCGAGCCUGUCAAAGCGGAUCUCAGAGCUCGCUGGGCAGCUCGAUGUUUCACAAAAACACAAUGAGGCCUUGAAAGAAAAGGUCAUCGCCUCAAGGGAAAACACUCAGAAGCUUCAACGGCAGUUGCUGGACACUACAAAAGAGCUGUCCCAUUCGCAGUACCAGAGCCGCAAGCUUGAACAGCUACUGGAGUCAACUCGCAGCGUUGUUGAUGACUACCAGAAAAAGCUUGAGCUGUCUGAGACAGAGCAGGAGACUCUUCGCAGACGAAUUCGGGAGAUGGAAAGAGCUGCCAAAGCUGCAAAGGAGGAAUCAGGACAGCGAAUUGAAGAGCUUGAGGAGGCUUUGCAGGAGGCUGAGAGAUUGACUGACGAAGUCAGAGAGCAGAGGGAGGAUGUUGAGCGACAAAAGCAAACCUUGAGCGAAUCCCUGCAAUCACAAAAGAAUGAGACAGCUGCUCAACAAAAGAUAGUAGAAGAGUUGCGAAAAAACAAGAUAGACGAGGAGCAGCUUAAAGGAAAGAUGACGAAGGAGCUGGAAGAAAAACACAAAGAGGUCGAGGCUUUGAACACCCAGAUUGACCAAAUGAAAACGUCUGAAACAAAGGCAGAUCAACCAGAAGCAGAGCAUGCAACGCGGCCAGACGUGGAACGGGAGGAAUCAGUGCGCAUCGGGAAGCUUGAGGAGGCUUUGCAAGAGCUUGAGCAGCAAAGGCAGGAACAAGACAGGGUCAUUGAAGAGAAAGAGAAGGAAGUAGAAGGCCUGAACCAAAAGCUCAAAGACAUGCGGCACAUUGAACACGGAGAACAGCAACCGCCGGCAGAGCAUGCAUCAGCAGAGCAUGCAGCUGCAGACCAAGAGGGACUAGCGCGCAUCAAGAAGCUUGAGGAUGCCUUGCGAGAGGCACAGAAAAGCUUUGAGGAAGUGAGAAGUCAAAAGGAGGAUGUCGACCGGCAAAAACAAGAACAAGACAAGGUCAUUGAAAGGAAAGAUAAGGAAGUCGAAAGCCUGAACCGAAAGCUCAAAGAAAUGCAGCAUGUUGAACCCAGAGAAGAGCAACCGCCAGCAGAGCAUGCACCUGCAGAGAAUGCAACAGCAGACCAAGAGGAACUAGCGCGCAUCAAGAAGCUUGAGGAGGCUUUGCGAGAGCUUGAGCAGCAAAAGCAGGAACAAGACAAGGUCAUUGAAGAGAAAGAUAAGGAAGUCGAAAACCUGAACCGAAAGCUCAAAGAAAUGCAGCACGUUGAACCCAGAGAAGAGCAACCGCCAGCAGAGCAUGCACCUGCAGAGAAUGCAACAGCAGACCAAGAGGAACUAGCGCGCAUCAAGAAGCUUGAGGAGGCUUUGCGAGAGCUUGAGCAGCAAAAGCAGGAACAAGACAAGGUCAUUGAAGAGAAAGCGAAGGAAGUAGAAGGCCUGAACCAAAAGCUGAAAGAAAUGCAGCACGUUGAACCCAGAGAAGAGCAACCGCCAGCAGAGCAUGCACCUGCAGAGAGUGCAACAGCAGACCAAGAGGAACUAGCGCGCAUCAAGAAGCUUGAGGAGGCUUUGCGAGAGCUUGAGCAGCAAAAGCAGGAACAAGACAAGGUCAUUGAAGAGAAAGCGAAGGAAGUAGAAGGCCUGAACCAAAAGCUGAAAGAAAUGCAGCACGUUGAACCCAGAGAAGAGCAACCGCCAGCAGAGCAUGCACCUGCAGAGAAUGCAACAGCAGACCAAGAGGAACUAGCGCGCAUCAAGAAGCUUGAGGACGCUUUGCGAGAGGUGGAGGGGCAAAAGCAGGAGCUGACAGAAUCCUUGAAAUCACAGCAAGAAGCAACAAUUGCGCAGGAGAAGCUUGUUGACGAAAAGGCAAAAGAACUAGAAACCCUCAAUCUGAAGCUGAAAGAGUUGCAGACUGCAGGAACCAAAGACGAGCCCGAAGAACCAGAAGAAUUCGCAGAGGUUGCAGCCAAGAAGGCUGUGAGCCAGUGGGUUGAGUCAGCUUCUCACGAAGAAUGGCUUUCUCAGUGGGACUCUGAACAUGUUAGCUUGACGGUCCCAGUAGUCAUGACAGCAGGUGUGCAUGAGCAUGGCCCGCAUGGCCAUGCCCCAAGUCGGGUUGGACUGAAGGGCACAGACUUCUUCAUACAGCCUUUGUUGCCUGCGGGUCCACCACAGCGCUUGAAACUCAGCAGCGUGAAAUCAAUCAUUGCUGAGCAGAGUCAGGCGAUGUCACAAAGUGUAUCCUUGCUUUUAGAUGUUGAUGAAGGAGGUCACAAAAGACAAUUUCAGCUGAGUAGCGAUGAAGAGAGUGCAGAAGCAAUACUGGCCACCCUCACCCGGGAUGUGAGAGUAAUGCCGGGUGAAGAACUCAAAGGCAUCGAUGGUGCAGGCAGGAGCUCUUCAGCGCAAUUUCGGCGGCUUCAGCCCUUCUUUGAUUGCUGGACCAUGGACGUUGGCCCUGAAGAUCGAAGUGGUUUAGAAGAACUCCUGGCGGCGCUGAGCACCUUCAUUGAGGAGAGACGCGAUGAUAGGCAGGUGCUACUGGUAGCUGAGUCUAUGGGUGCUGUGUUGGCAUUGAACCUGGCUCUGUCGCAGCCAGAACUGGUUGAUGCUCUCUGCCUCAUCAAUCCAGCCACGAGCUACCGGAGAACUCCACUGUCGCUGGUGGCCCCUUUGCUCCCCAGCCUACCCGAAAAUGUCUAUGAGACGCUUCCAGCUGUCAUUACGCCGCUGGUUGGUCGGCUUGGCUGGUACGAAGAUGUUAUCACCCAGAGGACUGCAACUGAGAGCAAGGAUACAAAUUUUGUCGACAAUUUCCUGCGGAUCAGCCGUGGCCUCAGCCAAGUGCUGCCACCUGCGACACUACGCUUCCGCGAGUCUCUUUUGCGCCGAGGCAUGCGUCAACUUGAGCCGAAGCUGCAACAACUCCAAGACUCAUCGAGCUUUGCAACACUCCUACUGGCAGGGGAUGCAGAUGCUGUGCUUCCAUCCGUGGCUGAGACAAAGAGAUUGCAGAACCUACUGCCAGGGCAGACGCCCAAGGCGCUGCCGUCGAGACGUCAGCCUGCGAGGAGUCGUGGCAGCCGUAGCAGCAGUCGGAGUUCAGACCGAAGUGAAAAAAGUAGCGGAGAUUCGGCAGAAGGAUGCGAUGCCUGUCCAAAUCGUUCAAGUACCUUGAGCCAAACUUGGCUAACAACAGCACCAUGGACCAAGAACAUUCUAGCAGUAUGGCACACCUACCUUCUUUGUGUGGCUGCUUGUGCCAUUGCUUGUGCGUCCUUGGUCAUUGUUCUGUUUUGGCAUGUGGAAUGGUAUCACCACUAUGAUCCUUCUUCCUCAGAUUUCGACUUCACACUCCGCUUUCUGGCAGCCUUCGUGAAAUCCUGGCUGCUCAUUGGAACCACCAGCGAGCUCCUACGCUUUUGUUACUUGAUGAGUGUGGAUGCAUGGCGAACUGAAAUGUUUGAAGCCUAUCGCCGUGCCAUGUGUUUUGCUUCAUUCGCAGAGAUUGCCGCAGGGAGGCUCUAUGUUUGUGGUUGGCCUGCACCCAUCAAGAGCUGGCGCAAAGUCGCCGAUCUUAUUUUACAAUUUGUAAUCCAUGUUUCACUAGACAUUUUGCCGGUGGUGAUGGUUGUCAUUGACCUCGUGACCUGGAAAAACAACUUCCAAUUGUCGAGUGCUAUGCUUGCAAUCGCUUGCAUUCAUGUGGUCCUGUUUUGGGCUGCUUGGACUAUUGGGGAUCUGACUCUGAAAAUCGUAGCCUUUGCGGCUGCCUGUCGCGCAAAAGUGCUGAAAGUGUCUUACUACGGCACAGCCACAAAAGUGCUGCCAAUUCAAGACAUUGAGAAUGAACUCCCUGAGACGGUUCUUCCGCCUGGCUGGGAGCUUCAAAACACUUUUGCUUUUGAGGAGAUCACCCUUGAAGAUGCGAACAGACAGUUUCGGCCACGAAGUCAGACGAUAGCCCUUCCCUACAGCACAUAUAGGCUGGAAGAGGAGAUCAUCAUGUCUCCUUCAGCUGCAUCGGAUCCCUUGUCCCGCCGCACUGUGAGCCAACGUCACGUGCUGAUCAAUGAAACUGCUGUUCAUGAUGCGCCCAGUAUUGGAAGUGUCCAAAGUGAGCAGCCGUUUGAUUGCUGCCUGCCGAUUUGCGUGGGCUUGUUCCACAUUUUCGAUGUGUUUCCAUUGAUUUUCUCUUUUGGAAUGAUUCUUCUUGGUGGUUUGACCGGUCACUCUGCAGUGAUCUUCUUGAGCUUGGAGGCACUCGUUCUUAUCAUCCUUGGAAUGCUCUUGGGCAAUCCUGAGCUGUCUGCCCUUACCUGCUGGCCAGCUGGACCUACCCUGCAAGCUCUUCAAGAUUGGGGUGACUCAUUCUGUGGUCUUCGAUAUGAUGAUCAGCUUCACUUUCGCACGCCAUUCAUUUUCAUGACGUAUAUCCUUGGCUUAUUGGCUGGAGCCUUGGACUGGUGGUACUCUAUGUCAUACUGUGCAGCGGCACUGCUUCUUUGCUUCCUGGUGCAGAUUGCCGUUUCGAUCCAAAAACCGUUGACGUGGCUGUUCGGAAUGCUCGAGAGCUUUGCAUUGAUGUUGGUGUCUUGGGCAAUUCUGUGGGCCAGCCCAGUGCUGAGUCCAGUACAGGACCUCAGUUUAAUCUUGGGUCUCUCGCUUUGUCGCCAGUUUGGCCUAAGACGGACCUUUGCAUGUGGUGUCCGGGUUCAGCUGCUGUCUCUGUCUUUGCUCAGCCUGUUUCAACUGGCACUGGUCACUGUCAUUAGCUGCUGUAUUGCGAACCACCGCACGGUCGGAGCCAACCCCAUGUUUUGUGAUCCAACUUCACCAAGUUGUCAGUACUAUGAUAUUGGCUACAUUGGAGACUUAGGAGGACGUUGGCCAAUUUGUGCGAUUGCUUUUCGCUCUGGACCAUAUGGUGAUUCAGAUCUGACCUUGGCAGAUUUUGCUCUUAUGUCAGCUUUCACCUAUGAACCACCUAGCCACGUUGAAGGCUUGUUGCGUCAAUAUUUCCCUCAUUGGCGAGUCAGCUACAGACACAUCCCGAUCAUGCUUACUGGCACAUUUGACUGGACCUCCUUCUACGAGUUCACUGCAGGAGACAACAGUACAUCGAUUUUUGCUGUUCGAGGGACGACUGACAUGUUUGAUGCGUUGCAAGAUAUGGAUUUGUGGCUUCCAGUUGGCAUGAUGUAUGUCUUUGAGCGUCUGGGCCCAAGUGUGAUCCAACUUUGGGGCCCAGGCAUCGCCUGGAUUUGCAGGCACGUCUAUGUUCAGCAAGAUGGAAACUUUUCGUUGUCAUUUCUCAAUUUGCUGAAGCUGGUGAAGAGUCGAAUGAUCAGCUACCCCAAUCGGACAUAUUACAUUACCGGCCACUCGUUGGGCGGAGGGAUUGCUAAGUUGGUCGCUGCAGAAGUGCUCCGACAAGAAUUGAAACGUCCAGGUCCGCACGUGGAAAUGACAGCUAUUGCUUUUGCCGCACCUGGAAUUGGGGUCGCAGAGGCAUUGCUUUUUGGACAGGAUAUGAAAUCGACCAACCGCUUGACUUCAAUCACAGUGCAGCCCCAGAAUGACAUCGUGUCUCGCAUCGACCACAACACCGGUUCCACGAUACCUGUCGAAUGCCAUGGGAACCCCAGACAUUGUCAUAGCGUCUAUGCAACUUUGUGUGCGAUGUAUCGCAAUUGCGGCUCCAAACGGCCGAGCUCAAAGUUACAAAUUCCAUGUGGCUGGUGUGACGACAUGCCCUGUGCUCAAAGAAAAGUUCUGCCUGGGGUAGGGCAUGCUUUCUUCGACGAUGUGGACAAUGUGAAUCUUUUGUCCCUGCUGACGAGUGCCGACAUCAUUCAGUCCUUGACCCGAGCUUCUUUGGACACCCCGAGCUUGACACCAAAGACCUGGUUGGACAGGUCCUUAAUGCAGGCGCGUUCCUGGGUCUCUCCAGUGUUUCUGCAUGCAGCUCAUGGCCGCAUCAUGCCGGGUUUGCCGACAGUGGACCCGGGCGUUCCCUUGCUCCUAGUGGGGAACCAUCAGCUGUUCAGCUUAGAUGGGAUAUUCAUUGUGGAAGAGUUCUUGCGGGAGCAGCAACGGCUUGUCACUGCCAUGGUGUACCCUCCGCUCUUGGAUGAGGUCUCACCGCUGAAUCCGCUGCCCUAUCCAUUCCCUGGCUCCCUGGAGCUCUUUGAGAAGUUCCAGGUGAAGCCCGUGAGUCCUCGAAAUUUGCUAAAGACUCUGCAGCCUGGCGGAGCAGCUCUUCUCUUCCCGGGCGGGGCCCGGGAGGUCUUUAAACGCAAAGGCGAGGAGUACCAGCUCUUCUGGCCGGACACAGCUGAUUUAGUGAGACUGGCGGCAAAGGCCAAUGCCACUAUUGUGCCUUUCAGUGGCGUUGGCAGCGAUGAGUUCUUUGCUGGUACCGUGCUGGAUUCAGACGAGCUACUGGGGUUGCCAGUGGUUGGAGACUGGUUUAGGGAGCGAAUCCGCAAUCUACCAAGCCUUGUCGAGGACGAUGUGUUCGUCCCGCCUGUUCCAGCGCCGCGGCUACAAGGACCCAGACGCAACUAUUUUCUGUUUGGCGAGCCUAUCCCCACAGCGACUUGGAAGAAACAGAAUGAAAAAAACAACCAGAACGAGAAGGCCACGGCGGAAAUUGUGCACCGUACGUUGGAUGUUUUAGUUUUGAUCAGUCGCAAUUUGGCAGACAUUUUUAGAUUCAAAGCAGAAGACUCUCAAGUGGUGCAACCACGGCACUUUGCAAUCACGGCUUGGGCCUAUGCUACUCUUCUUCGUUGUCGUACCCUUCAGCUGCACGCAGAGAAUUUGACAGGUUUGUUCAGGCCCUUGGCAGAGGCCGCAGUCCCAAGACUUCCUGAGUUUGAUGGCCAGUCAUUGGGAAAUCUACUCUGGGGAUUUGCUGUUGUUCGCCAGGUGCAUCGGCGUUUGUUCUUUGUUGCUUCUCGUCGGGCCAUUCAGCUACUACAAAGUGAAGAGCUCCUGGGGCAAAACCUGAGCAACGUCCUGUGGUCGUUUUCACAGAUGCGUUUGGCGAACCACGCCCUCUUUGAAGCGGUGGCAGGCUGCCCAGAUGUUUUCCGUGGCCCGGUCUCAUCUCAACACAUCACAAAUAUUUUGUGGGCAUUCAGUCGGAUACAUGGUAAAAUUGGCAUGUUUCGCACGUUCUGUGAUGCAGGGGCCGAGGCUGCCAUCCCCAAGCUUCAGUCAUUCAAGACGCAGGAACUUGCAAAUCUGGUUUGGACAUUCGCAAACCAAACGCUCUAUCAUGAGGGGCUUUUCGCUGCUGUAGCACAUCAUGCUCGAGGAAGAAUUGCCGACUUUGAGAAUUUCGAUCUAUCGCAGCUGCUGUGGUCAUUUGCCAAAGUUUGGUGGAGAGAUGUGAGCCUCAUGAAAGAAGCAGCACAAGAUAUGCUUUGUGGGCCAAAGCAGCGACUGAAGCACAUGUGUGCCCAAGACCUAGGCUGUGUGCUGUGGGCAUUUGCGAUGCUUCAGUGGCAAGAUGAGGAGCUCUUUAGGGCCUUAGCUCAGGCAGUGAGGGAACACUUCAGCACGUUGAAGCCAUUGGAUGUUGGAAACGUGGCUUGGGCGUUGUCAGUGUCCAAGCAGAUGGAUUUUGAGACAGCUGGGCUCAUUGCAGACAGUGCUUUGUGUGCCAAUGACUUUGACACUGCAGAGGGAUGGGUUCAUGUGCUGUGUGCACUGCAACCUCUUGCAGCGAAAUUGAGCAACCGUUGGGAAGAACUGCUCGGGCGUUUUGAAGGAAGAAUCUUUAAACCACUUUGUCAGAAGCUGAAAGAACUGGGGCUUGCAACCCGCACGAUCAAUGGGAGCUCAAAUAUAUUGGCCUUGCGGCAAGAACUGGGCCUUCUGGAGGCAUGGGUUGGUGAGCUUCAGCUGGAGCACUUGGGCCCAGACUUUACUCAACGCCUUGCGAGUCAUUGUGGACUUUGGAGCGAUUGGAGCGAUGGUGACGCCAUCUGGGCCGUCUGGGCCGAAGCUGCAAGGGCCGUGGAAGCUUUUCAGAAGACCUCAGCCACCCAUUCCUCGGAAUUUUCGCCAGAUGCUGCCUUCUCCGAAUCUCGCGCUCCGUCAGUGCAGAGCUUUCGCGUCGGAUUGCACCAGUCGAAGGUGCUGGCUUGGGUUUCCUAUUCCCUUCGCUUGAAUUCUGGCCUGGAGACUGCAUGCAUCAACCAACCUGGACAGAUAGUCACCUAUGGACGAGCGGAACGGGAGUUCUGCCAGCAUUGGCAGGCAGCAGAAAAGCUGCUCUUGCCGUUGGUGUCCACUUCGCACAGUCGUGGUGGUCACUCUGAGCGUGUUGCUAUGCUGCAGGUCUUCUCUGCAGCUCUCAGGUCUGCAGACCAACUGCGUGGGGAGAAAGGUACUUUUGAUUUGGGUGGCGAAAUUUGGCUCUACAUCUCGCACUGGCCUUGCAUCUCGUGCCUGGCAGUGCUGUGUCAGGUGCUUGCGCUAGCUCCGGCCGUGCGUCUUCACGUUUCAUGGGAAGGUUUCACGCCUCAUACUGAGCCCCAUGCUCCCACAACAGAUGCCUGGACGGUCAGCGAGGAAAAAGGUUGUGCCUUUGUUCCGACGUCCCCACUCUCCCCUACAGCUGGGAUAGAUCACAAAGACCGUGCUGGUUGCACAGAGGUGUACUCCAAACUUCGCAGCACGGUUGAGGAUGGCAUUGAGUACCUUCUGUCUGCACGAGAGGAGGAUCCCUUUGAGGAUAUGCCGGGGCGAUAUGCGUGGGAACAGGCAGAGGUAACUGGGGUCCAGGCUCCUUCCUUCGAUUUGACAGGAAAAUUUGGGCGCUUCAAGGCUGGCGAGGCAUCAAAGUGA